GUUGUUUCUUUUAAUAGUCAAUACUAUAUUAUUAGAGUGCUUUACAAAUAUAUAAAGCAUCAUAAUGUAGAGAGCUAUAGUUAAAAUACUGUACAAUAAUGCAUAAUGAAAAUGAUGAUGCCUACAGCUGAUGCCUAAAAGGAAAGAGAAAUCAAGUUGCUCCAAGAUGAAAUCGAGAGAUUGAGAGAUCCACAUGAUUUAAACUUGACAUCUUCACAACUGGAUGAGCUGCGGGAGGAGAAUUCCCGUCUGAAAUACCGCCUCAAUAUUCUUAAAAGAAGUUUGCAGGAGGAGAUGAACCACAACGGAAAGACGAUGUUGAACAUCAACCAGCUUUUGCAGCAGAUCUUUGGGGAGGCCAUUAGUUCCGCCUACCCUGACCUAGAGAACCCACCACUCUCGGUCACCCCCAGUCAGCAGGCUAAGUUUGGCGACUAUCAGUGCAACAGUGCCAUGGCCAUGUCUCAGAUGAUGAAAGCCAAAGGACUGAAAGUCAGCCCCAGAGAGAUCGCAGAGAAGAUCGUCCAAAACAUUCCCAACAAUGACUUAAUUGAAAAAACUGAAAUUGCUGGGCCAGGCUUUAUCAACGUUCAUCUCAAGCGGAACUUUGUCUCUAAACUUCUCUCAAAUGUGCUCGUCAAUGGAGUCCAGCCUCCGCCGCUUCAGAAGAAAAAGAAGGUCAUUGUGGACUUCUCUUCACCUAAUAUUGCCAAAGAGAUGCACGUCGGUCACCUGCGAUCCACCAUUAUUGGAGACAGCAUGUGUCGACUCUUUGAAUUUCUGGGUUAUGAAGUGCUAAGGUUGAACCAUGUUGGAGACUGGGGGACACAGUUUGGGAUGCUCAUCGCUCAUUUGCAAGACAAGUUCCCAAAUUAUCUCAGUGUGUCUCCACCUAUUGGUGACCUUCAGGCUUUCUACAAAGAGUCUAAGAAGAGGUUUGAUGAGGAUGAGGAGUUUAAGAAGAGGGCCUACAAAUGUGUGGUUAAACUCCAAAGCAAAGAGGCAGACUUCAUCAAAGCCUGGAACCUCAUUUGUGAUGUCUCCCGGAAAGAGUUUCAAAAAGUCUACAACUGCCUGGAUAUCAGCAUAAAAGAGCGAGGAGAGUCCUACUACCAGGACAUGAUGACUGCGGUGGUCAAAGAGUUUGAGGAAAAAGGGCUGGUGGAGGUGGACGAGGGCAGGAAGAUAGUGUUUGCUCCUGGCCAGUCUAUUCCCCUGACGAUUGUCAAGUCGGAUGGAGGCUAUACUUACGAUACCUCGGAUCUGGCUGCCAUCAGAAAUCGUCUGUUUGACGAGAAAGCUGACAUCAUCAUCUACGUGACAGACAGCGGCCAGGCAAUGCACUUCCAGGUGAUCUUUGCUGCCGCUCAGCUGAUUGGCUGGUAUGAUCCCAAGGUCACACGGGUGGAACAUGCAGGUUUCGGUGUUGUGCUCGGAGAGGACAAGAAAAAGUUUAAGACUCGUUCAGGAGACACGGUGCGACUGAUGGACCUUCUGGAGGAGGGUCUGAAACGAUCCAUGGACAAACUGAAGGAGAAGGAGAGAGAUAAGGUGCUGACUCCAGAGGAGCUGGAAAAGGCUCAGCAGGCCGUGGCCUUUGGCUGCAUUAAAUAUGCAGAUCUUUCCCACAACCGCAUCAAUGAUUACGUCUUUUCGUUUGACAAGAUGCUGGACGACAGGGGCAACACUGCAGCCUACCUCCUCUACGCUUUCACACGCAUCAGGUCUAUAGCUAGACUGGCGAACAUCCAGGAAGCUGCUCUUCGCAAGGCUGCCGAGACCACAGAUGUAAUACUGGACCACGAGAAGGAGUGGAAACUGGGUAAAUGCAUCCUGCGCUUCCCUGAGAUUCUGCAGAAGAUAACAGACGACCUGCUGCUCCACACGCUGUGCGACUACCUCUAUGAGCUGGCCACCACCUUCACUGAGUUCUACGACAGCUGUUACUGCGUGGAGAAGGACCGGCAGACAGGGGAAGUGGUCAAAGUCAACAUGUGGCGGAUGCUCCUCUGUGAAGCCACCGCUGCGGUGAUGGCCAAAGGUUUUGACAUUCUGGGUAUCAAUCCAGUUCAGAGGAUGUAAACGGGUCAGCGCCUUCCUCCUCUAAACAAGAGACCUUUUUUCACAAAACCCAUCAAUGUUCCUGCGGAUUCUUAAGGUAUACCAAAUAAAAGUCAUACGGCUGACCGUAACAAAA